AUGCUAGGUGAGCAAUUGAAUAGUGUUGAAUCUCGUAACCUUUUGUCAACUAUCGACAAGAUGCGCGAACUCUUACAUGACGAGAAAGUGAAUCUACCGGAAAUUGUGGUUGUUGGUGAUCAAUCUGUGGGUAAAUCAUCCGUAUUAGAAGCUAUAUCUGGUAUUCAAUUACCUCGGGCCCAGAACAUUUGCACUCGUUGUCCACUAGAAUUACGGAUGAAAACAGCUCAAGAUGAGGAAUAUGCAACAAUACGUAGUAGUGUUGGUUCUGUGACAGAAAAGAAUAUCGAUGAUUUAACAAAGAUUGCUGAUGAAGUGACUCGAUUGACAUCAGAAAUCACCGGUACAGGAUUAAAUGUGAGUCCAAAUCCGAUCUAUUUAACAGUGUACAAGCGAGAUAUUUUGUACGAUUUGACCCUGAUUGAUCUUCCGGGUAUUACCCGGAAUGCAUUGCCUGGCCAAGCAGAAAAUAUUCAUCAACAAAUUCUGGAUUUAAUUAACAAAUACAUUAAACCACCAACUGCAAUCGUAUUACACGUCAUUCCAGCUUCAGUCGACUUUACCACAUCAGAAUCAAUGAAACUUGCCAAAUUAUUUGAUCCAUCAUGUCAGCGACAGCUCAUUGCGGCCUCCAAAAUUGACAAAUAUGAUAAGGGCAUUUCAGAAAAAUUACAAGGUCGUGGAUCUGGUUCAAUGGAUCUGCAAUUAGGCUGUGUCGCUGUCCUGAAUCGAAAUCAAGACGAAAUCGAUCGGAAUAUUUCAUUCAGUGAAAUGAAACAGCGUGAAAAGCAAUUUUUUAUCACUCAUAAAGAAGCAUUUGAACCUUUACCUGAUGAAUUUAAAGGCAGCGAACAAUUGGUUCGACGUCUAGCGACUAUUCAACAAGAGCGUAUUCGCUCUACAUUUCCAGAUAUCAUUAAAAAAUUAAAAAACCAACUAGCGAAGAAUAAAGCUCAACUGAAAAAGAUUCCACCUUCUGUGAAUACUGAAGCUGAAUGUUGGACAAAUUUUCAAUCGAUGAUCAAUGCUUAUCGGGAAAGUAUCCAUGAUAAUGUGAAAGGCGAGUAUGAUCAGGUUGCAUCAAGGGAAGUGACCGAAUUACCUAUCACAUGCACAGAUGUGGAUGCUGCUUCUAGCGAUAACAUCGAUUCGGAUGUACAAGACGAUGAAUGUGAAGAAGAAGAGUCGUUAGCCGAGGAGAACGACGAAGACCAUAUCGCUUAUCGUAUUUAUCAAUUACAACGUAAAUUCCAAAAUGAAUGUCGACAAAGUUUUCCGGAUUUUUUUUCAAGUAAAUACCAUAAAAUCAUACUUCGGGAAAUUGAUCGAACAGCUGGUGUUUCUUUACCAAAUUUUCCCAGUUACCAAAUUAUUGUAGGACUCUUCCGAAAAGAAUUACAGAAAUUGCCUCAUUGCUGUCAUGCAUUGGUCAAGCAAAUGCAUGAGUACAUGUCCCAAUGUUUGCUACAAUUAUUCGAACAGGCUUUCAAUAACGAUUAUCCUCGUCUGAAAGAACGUCUAAAAGAAAUUAUCACCAAAAGACUCGAUGAUGUACAAGAAGUCUUAAUGGAACGUGUCAAUGGAAUACUGGAUAUGGAAAAACGUGUAUUUACACUGAAUCAUUACUAUAUGGACACUGAACAAGUUCAAAGAAAAGGACAAAAAGAAAAAUGA